CAUUAAGGCGUGGUCUAUAGCUGCGCAGGUGUUACUGGACUACUUUAUAUUUGCUUAACGCUUGGUAUUUAGCUUUUGCAUCGGGAACUUAGCGGAUAAUGCCAACGCUAUGCUGAAAUCCCAUACUAUACCUUGUGAGCGGCUUGCAUAGGCGUAAAUCGUUGCUUUGGAAGCGAUGUCGGACGCUGGAGAUCCAAACCUUUUCCGCAUCCUCAUAUCCACGGAUAACCACCUGGGCGUGUGGGAGAAGGAUGAGACGCGGCGCGAUGACUCCUUCCGUGCCUUCGAGGAGGUCCUGCAGCUGGCUGUGGAAACACGCGCGGACGCGGUGCUGCUGGGCGGCGACUUGUUCCACGAGAACAAGCCCUCCCGCGCCACGCUGGUCAAGGCCAUCCAGCUGCUGGCCAAGUACUGCCUCAACGACCGGCCCGUGAGGUUCCGCGUGGUGUCGGACCAGAGCGUCAACUUCGUGGCGGGCCGUGUCAACUUCGAGAACCCCAACCUCAACGUGGGGCUGCCGGUGUUCACCAUCCACGGCAACCACGACGACCCCGCGGGGCAGGACUCGCUGUCCGCGGUGGACAUCCUGUCGCAGACGGGGCUGGUCAACUACUUCGGGAAGCAUCCGCUCACCGGCACCGGCGCCGCCCGCAUCACCCUGUCACCCGUACUGCUGGAGAAGGGCUCCACCCGCAUCUGCCUGUACGGCCUGGGCAACAUCCGCGACGAGCGCCUGGGCCGCUCCUUCCAGACGCCCGGCUGCGUGCAGUGGCAGCGCCCCGCCCCCUCCCCCGGCUACCCACCCGACGGCUGGGUGAACCUGCUGGUGCUGCACCAGAACCGGGUGGCGCACUCGGCGCUGGGCAAGGCGUGCGUGCGGGAGGAGCACCUGCCCGCCUUCCUGGACCUGGCGGUGUGGGGGCACGAGCACGAGUGCAGGCCCGACCCGGUGUCGCUCAAGGGCGAGGGCGAGGCGCGCUACGUGGUGCAGCCGGGCUCCACCGUGGCAACCGCGCUGUCGGAGGGCGAGUCCCGCCCCAAGCACGCGCUGCUGCUGGAGGUGCGCGGGGCGCAGUUCCGGCUGCAGAAGUUCCGGCUGCGCUCCGUGCGGCCCUUUGUGUUCGGGGGGGUGGCGCUGCGGGAGGUGCGGCCGCCGCUGCUGCCCGAGGACACGGAGGGGGUCACGCGAUUCCUGACGGGCAAGAUCCAGGAGAUGAUCUCCCGCGCCGCCGCCGCCAACCCGCCUCCUCCCCUUCCCGCCCCCUCCGACGGCUCCCCCUCCGCCUCCGCCUCCCCCGCCUCCCUGCUCCCCCUCAUCCGACUGCGAGUGGACUACACGGGCUUCUCCACCGUCAACUCGCAGCGGCUGGGGCAGCGGUUCGUGGGGCGGGUGGCCAACCCCCAAGACAUGCUGCUGUGGACCAAGGCGGCGAGCAGGAAGCUGAAGGGCGAGGGCGACUCCUCCUCCGCCGCUGCUGCCUACGGCGAGGCGGGCGACGGCGAGGGCGGCGGCUUCCUGCGCCCCGACGCGCUGGACCAGAGCCGCAUCGAGGACCUCAUCCGGCAGCACCUGGGCAGCAAUGCGCUGGAGGUGCUGCCGGAUGACGAGUUGGCGGUGGCGCUGCACAACUUCGUGGAGAAGGACGACAAGAAUGCGCUGGUGCAGUGCAUCGAGGCGGCACUCGAGGAGACCCGCAACGCCGCCCUCGCAGCCCAGCUGGCAGCGGAGGAGGCGGCGGAGGCGGCAGCAGCAGCAGCAGCAGUGGCGGGG